AUGCCUCCAGUUAGACAAGUCUAUGGACAAGAAGAAGUUUCAAACUGGGCCAAGUUCAAAAUGGGGCUGAUGAUGGGAACUGCAGUCGGUGUUUGUACCGGUGUUAUGUUUGGUGGGUUCACAAUCUUGACUCAAGGUGCCGGUCCAGAUGGUGUAGUUAGAACCUUAGGUAAAUAUAUCGCUGGUUCUGCUGCCACCUUUGGUAUGUUCAUGUCUAUCGGUUCAGUUAUUAGAAGUGAGGGCUCGGAAGAUACUAUGUAUAACAACAAAAGUAUACUGCAGCUACAACAAAGAGCCAAAUUUGAAGCAUGGAAAGCUAAGACUCAAUUGAUCCACCGUUUUGACCCACAACAAAAUUAA